AAACUAAAAAAAUGGAAAUGGCGUUGAGUAGCGCGCAAACUGCUUUUUAUGUAGUAAUGACAUUUACUAAUUGAUUUAGAUCGUGAUUCUUGUUCAUAUAAAGUUGCAAUACAGUAUAAUAAUGGAAUAAAACCUGUCUAGGCAGCCUACUAAACCAAUGUUCUCUAGCAAACAACAUCUUCGGAAACGUACUCCCGAAAAUGGUGCUGACCGAGAAGAGUUUUUGUCAUUGUUAGUGGACGAGUAUUUAAAUUCUAAUUCGUAUGAUGCAAAGUGCCAAGUGUUAGCUAAUUUGGCUAAUUUUGGGUACGAUCCCGUCAAUUAUGAUUACAUCCGACGAGUUGGUGUCCUGGACAUUUUCCUGCAUGUUUUGAAGAAUGAAUCUGACGUCACGUUGCUUCACUUCGCCUGUGCAGGGAUUUGCAACUUGUGCAUAGAUCAUCUGAAUGCAGAAUACAUUUUGGCAAAUGCCGGGUUAAAACCUAUUAUCGACCGGUUAGGAAGCCAACACUGUGAAACUGUUGCUGAUACAAUAACUAUAUUAAUCAGUUUAUACAACAAGGAGACAGAAGCUGAUAUAAAUACUACUGAAGUAAAACAGCGCAUGCAGGACUUAACGAAAUCGGAUGACAAAAGGCUUGUAAAUUUGGCUUCUUUGUUCCUCAAUAAUACUCACAAUUAGAAUCAUGGCAAAAGUUGAACGACAGCCCUCAAGAUGUUGUCAAACAGAUUUCCAUUUCUAGUUGCCAACAACAAAAAUUAUCAGAAAAUUUGUAAACUACACACGACAUCGUUUAGCAGUACAGCUUUCAAAGCUGGCGAUAAAAUUCGAAUACAAAAGACAUUGACUCAGAAAGAUCUCGAUGCAUUUUCAAAUCUCACAAGUGAUCAUAAUCCACUGCACAAGAAUAAUGGGAACAAGAGGCCCAUCGUCCACGGCGCGCUGCUGAACGGCCUGGUGGCCGGCCUCAUCGGCACGCACCUGCCGGGCCCGGGCACCGUCGUCGUCUCUCAAACCAUGAAGUUUCCUAAUAAAUGCUUUGUUGGUGAAAAGCUGACUAUAAGCGUGGAACUGGUAGAUGUUAGAAAGAUCCUCAAAGUGAAGUUCUUUUGUAUUGUUGAAGAGGAAAAGAAGGUUGUGUUCGAGGGCGAGGCUAAACUCAUGCUAGCCAAAGACUGUUAAUUUUUUUCACGUAAUUUGUUCUGAAAAUAAACUAAUAUACAUAAUAAGAUAAUAUAAAUAUGGUUCAUUUUCCAUACAUGCGAUUUUGUCUUAAAUCGAGCGUCGCCUAGGAUCACUACAUAUUACCUAGAGUCGGGGCACCGGGCCGCACGCGUCACUUUCGUGUGUUUUAAAUAAGCCGCACCAGUUUUUAUGCGUCGAAGCCCAUUUUAACAAAUUAACGAAAUACAGUAAUACUUCCUUACACAUUUAUUAAUACAUAUUAUCAGUAUUAAACACGCAAAUUAGUGUUACCCUAAUAACAAUAUGUAGGUACCACGUUGGUCAGGCAAGACAACUAUCGCUUGUAUGGACACUGACGUUGAUAAUCAUCCUUAAGCCCUUUAUAUAAUUAUUAGAUUUUAAUAAAGUUUAUAUAUAUAUGUUUAAGCUCUGAUUACUAUUUCGAUAUAUUACUAUGCAUGUAAGUGAAAAUCUAUAAUAUGAAAUGUGAUUUUAAUAUAAUAAAUAAUAGUGUGCCAAUUACGUAGCUUCUAACUCUAGGUUAGAAAUUAUGAACUCUUGUGAAGUACAAUUUAGAAUUUAUUCUAAUAUAAUUAAAACGUAAGUCCCUGGUUUAAAUAUCUCUUAAAAGAAGUUCUUCUGAAAUUGUCCAUUAUAGUCGGUGAUUAUAGUCAAUAACUUGUUAAGACUGAUAGUCUCUAAUUUAUUGUUUGUAUUCACAAUUAGACAUCCUCAAUUGAAAAGGAUUCAAAGAUUUCUACAUUUACCGCUAUUUAAACGUUAUGUUACCGAAAUGGUUUUAAUUUUAAUAUGUUACUUUCCUACACUGAAAAGUUUACGUUGCGUUGCAAGUUGAACGUGCUAGUCGGCUGCGGGCCCAUAAUGGUCAACUUUGCGCGCGGCAAUUUAAUAAGCGAUAUUAAGAGAUGGGCACUGAAUGGUCUCACUGUCGUACCUACUCGUAUAAUAAUACCCGACCAUAAUACGCCUUUUCGAUGCAGCGCUGUGUCGACUUCUAGGUGUUCAAUUUAAAAACAAAAUCAACGAGGACUAAAGUUGAGUUUUCGUAACCGUUACAAGGUCCAGGGUGCGUAGCCAACAUGCCAAUCGUUUACUGUCGCUAAUAGAGAGAGAUGAAUACGCUACGCCACGGAGCGUUAACGAUUGGCACGUUGGCUGAGCACCCUGAACAGUGGAAUUUAAAGCUAUAUUAACGCUUAAAUUCUCGUAAUAAUACUCGUAAAUUGGUUGGUUGUAUCUUAUUAACUAUUUGAUGCUUGUGGGUUGUGUGGUUAUUUAAAAAGUAAUUUUAGUUUAUGUACUAACAACACUGCGCAUAAUGAUCUUUACCGAAGUUGCAUUUAAAGAGAUGUCUCCUCAGCUUAGUAGCGGGUACUAUUUUGUACUGUACCUAUACACAUGCAUGCCAAAUUUCUCACAGAAAUUUCGAAACUAUAAAUCCGUACACGGCGGGAAGAAGUUGAUAACUCGAGAUAUUCUACCGAAGAAAUUUGAACUUAAAAUAAAAUUACAUAAGGUUCAAAUUUCCUCAAUUUUUCCCGCGAGUUAUCAACUUCUUCCCGCCGUGUACGGAAAUUAGGGUUCCUAGUUUGACUACGAACUCUGAAUAUACUUCUUAAUUUUGAUAUUUUAGGUUAUAUUUUGUUUAAGGUAUGCUAAAAUGUUGGCUUAGUGAUCGCAUCGACAAAAAAAAUGUUGGGGCACGGUUGUGUACUCUCUAUAAAACAUCAACAUUUUACGGUAUACACCGUGUUUUUUUUGAUUUCCGUUAAUUUCAAGGGUGCAUACCUGAGCUUAAAUCAAGUAACUUUCCCAAAGAGACCGAUAUUCUAAUUAACUCCAUUUCGAAGAUAAUCAAUAUUUUAUUUUUUUCCUAUAAGGCCUCUACAAGCUUGUACACUUGCCUUAAGGCCGGUUUACAUAUUGAUUAGUGUUUAGAAUGAGUUCAUACAUUUGCUACUAAACUUAAGUAAAAUCUCGGUCGAUCGAUGUUCGAAUUGACAUUGAUAUGUCACAGAUUUCAAUUGUUUGGUUUAGUUAAAUGUAAUGCCCGUGUUACAACAACGCUAUAUGCUACAUUUAAUUACUUUUUAAUA